AUGGAGCCAGUGGAGGAAGAUAUAGUGAUAGUUGGAGCUGGGAUUGCUGGCCUUUCUGCUUCUUUAGGACUACACAGGUUGGGAUUGAGGAGCUUAGUGUUGGAAUCGUCGGAGAGUUUGAGAAUUACUGGAUUUGCUCUUACUAUUUGGAGCAACGCUUGGAGGGCUCUGGACGCCCUAAAUGUUGGAGAUGCCCUCAGACAGCGUUCCUUACUGCUUCGAUGUUUGCGAACUGUUUCUCUGGAGACAGGGGAGACCACUGCUGAUAUUUCACUUGAAGAUCCCAAAUUUGCAAAUAAUAAUGAAUCUCGUCGCAUCAAGAGGAGAGACCUUCUGGAAACUUUAGCAAAGGAGCUGCCACAAGGGACUGUUAGGUAUUCAUCCAAGGUUGUUAACAUUGAGGAAUCUGGGCAUUUUAAGGUGCUUCACUUAGCAGAUGGAUGUGUUAUUCGGGCAAAGGUCUUAAUCGGCUGUGAUGGAGUCAACUCAAUUGUUGGAAAAUGGUUAGGCCUCCCAAGUCCUGUUAGUGUUGGGAGAUUAUCAAUCAGGGGAUUUGUUGAGUAUUCCAAUGCUCAUGACUUUAAGCCUGAAUCUCAUUACUAUUUUGGUGGUGGUAUGCGCUUUGGUUUUGUUCCAUGUGAUGACAAGAGCAUAUACUGGUUUUGCACUUUCAAACCAUCCACUUCAAAUUGGCACGGAGAUUUUGCGAGUAGUUCAGCUAAAUUGAAAGAAUUCGUGCUAAACAAGAUUGCAAAUGCUCCAAAUGAAGUAACUGACAUUGCAGAAAGAACCAACCUUGAUAUGAUCUCUUUUGCUGAUUUGAAAAUGAGAUCGCCUUGGGAUAUCUUGUUGAAGGAUUUUGCAAAAGGGAACGUUUGUGUAGCUGGCGACGCUUUACAUCCCAUGACACCGGAUAUUGGUCAAGGUGGAUGUUCAGCUUUAGAAGACGGCGUCAUCCUUGCUAGAUGCAUUGCAGAAUCAUUCAACAAGAUUUCAGCAGAUGAAGGUGUUCAUGAUAAAGAAACGGUAGCUAUUUACAAAGGGGUCGAAAAAUACUCAAAGCGCAGAAGAUGGAGAAGUUUUAGUCUCAUAUGCGCAUCUGGUUUGGUCGGCUUCAUUCAAGAAAGUGAUAAUAAGUUGAUGCGUUUCUUGAGAGAAAAAUUCUUGUCUAAGUAUGCAAUUGAAAUUAUGAUGAGAAUGACCAAGUAUGAUUGUGGAGAACUUUGA